AUGUCAGCCGGUGUUCCUUUGCCGCUUGUUCUGCACACGUUGAUUGAAUUGAGCGGCGACGGGAGCGAUUCGUUGCAAAUACGUGGCGAUUUGUGUUUCCUGUUUGUUCAGCAGCAGCAGCAUCUCGUCAUCAUCAUCGUGUCGUCGUCGGCAUUCCUGAUCAGCGCCAGUGUCAACAACCUCAAGCCCCGAUAUCGGCCCCGCGAGAAACCAUCAGUACCACGAAAUCCGUCCUUGUUGAUCACACAAGUCCAGAAGAAUGGUGCCACAAAUGGAAACUCGAUCACGGAUGUUACCAACGACGACUUUCGGGCAGUCGUAACAGCGUCUCCGACAAUACUGCCGGAUUCGGAAGUUUGGGAACGAGUAGAGAUCUUCACGAUUUCUGAUAUGGCAAAACACCAGCGAGAAGAUGAUGUCGUAGCUCUCCAGGGGAUCGAACCUGUAGCGAUGACCUCAACGAUUCUUGGAAUGAGUCAAUAG